AUGUUGCGACUUUAUCUUGACAGCGCCAGUGCUAGUGCCGGCGGAAUGGAACCUGCACAGGUCGAAUACGACGCAUCGCAACGGCUUUCCACAUAUACACUGCUGAGAACAGCGGAUACCUACCGAUUAUGCAGGAUCCGCGUGCUAUGUCUGGAUGCGCGUGUGCGCGCUGGAAACCCGGUUGUCCCACGGGCACGGGCUUUGCAGACGGAAGAGACCCUCUACCACGAGACCACUGCGUCACGAGUUGUUCUCGUCAUGUCAAGACUUCGCACGCGCUGA